CGCAACGUACACAUUAACAGGAUUCAAAGCAAUUGAAAACAUUAAUUAAACGUGGAAUAUCACAUCGAAAUGCAACGGAAAAAGACAAGAUCGCAUUUUGGUGAUAAUUUUGAUCUCGGAACAAGCCUUCUACCCAGUUCCCGCAGUCUGAUGAGGAAAUUUAAAAUGAAAAAGAUAAUACAGUACCUGGUGUUCGUGAUUGGAGCGUUUAUAUUAUAUUCUGUUUAUCAAAAGAUGAACAUCGCUAAAGAAAACGAUAGACACCCAAGUGAUAGUAAUUGGAAAGUCAGUGAGUCGAAUUUGGUUGAUGUGCCAAGCGAUGAGAAACAUGAAGAAAUAGCUAACAGACGUGUAAAAGAAGAAAUCAAUAAAGUUUUUGAAGAUUUCAAACAACAACAAGCAGACAAGAACGCUGAAAAGGUUAAGAAUAUAAGAUUAAACGAAGAUGACUUUGGGAAUGAUAUAGACGAUGGUCGUGAUGAUAUACCGGACAAUGAUAAACCAUUUUAUGACGACGAUGUGGAAACUGGUGAUGACGUAUUUGGAAAUAAUGAAGAUGAGUCAAAUAAUGAUGACAAUGCUGGUGGCAAAAGAAAAGAUUUUGGUGAUCACUUUGAAGAAGUGGUGCAGGACGCGUUUGAUGAGAUAAAUGAAGAAGAAGAGAAAGAAGAUUUAAAAUUGGAAAAAGAAAUCGAAGAAAGACUGGCUGAUGUGCUAAAAGACGCUGUUGAUGAAGUGGCUGAAGAUGAGGCAGAGAAGGGCAAGGCAGACAAAUAUGACGCGGUCAAUCAGAAAGUGGGUGUUCCGUUAGCAGAUCAGCGAGAAGUGCAGGUGCCCGAGGUCAAGGACGUAUUUGACAAGAAGGAGUACAAGGUGGCCGUCAACAAUAUGGGCCGCCGACUAAACCCUUUGGAAAUCAAUCAACUGAACGGGAAGGCUGCCUACGAGGCCAAGAGGAAAGACGAUGACCACGAGUUCCCUCCCUUCGUUACCGCCGCCAGACAGUCCCAGAUAAAGGAAGUGACGCAGCUCGUGGCCUCGUUACAGCACAACCUACCGAGCAGAAAGAUAUACAUAUAUGACCUUGACCUUACCAAAGACCAGAAGAAACAUCUGAUGUCCUACUGCGGUGUUCGAGUGCGGCUGUUUAUGAAGAAAUUGUUUCCAUCCUAUGUCAGUAACCUGGACGAUAUGCACUGGAAACCACUCGUCAUGCAGACGGCCCUCGCCGAAUUUGGCCACAUAACUUGGAUCAACCCUCAGUUCCGGUUGGGUACACAAGAACUUGCCCCACUUCUGCACGAGUCUCACGAACUCGGUAUUAUGGUGGUCGGACAGAGUGCUAGCUAUUCCACUUACUCCGCAACUCACCCUAAAAUGCUCGAAUUUAUCCCGUCUGACACGGAAAAACUUUCGUUCCAUCCACACAUUGAAAUUCGCGCCAUUGUUAUCCACAAUACAGAUGACGUACAUCAGCACGUGAUGAAGAUGUUUGCCGCAUGCGCACUGGAGGAAAAUUGUUUGGCGCCACCUGGUUCCAAACGGCAGUGCAAGUUUGAUUUUACAGGCAGAAAACCUGCAGAUUGUCACAGAUACGAUGAGUCUGCGUUGAACAUAUUGUUGAAAAAUUGGUUUGACUUUGAUAUGAACAAGUUUGCAAGGAGAAACAAUUAUUUCCGACCAUAUGAUAAGAAUUACAAGCCGAAGUUGAAAAUAUGUCGAAAUAUUCAAGACAUUAGAGAAAGUGAGCUUUAAAGCACUUGUAGUACCCAGGAAAUGGUAUGUUACUAACUCGGUGGACGUCAAGUGGUCCUAGUUUUCAUACAAACAUGUAUUUUGUUGAUUCUUAUUAGCCUAUUAGUUAUCCGUGUCCGUCGUGAAAGGCCAAAAAAAAGUUCUUUGUUACAAGUUACAUAUUUAAAAAAAGAAGGGUAAGUAGAUAAGCAUUACUUUUUUUUUGAAACCGGGAUUCUGUACCAAACCGACCUAUAUUAGGGUGUAUCAGUAUUGCAGAAAAUUAUCAAUAACUGCAGUAAACAUAUGUAGAUUUAUUGCCUUGAUUAUUGUGCCUUUGAAAAGGAUGUGUGCUCGUUUUAAUAAAGUAUCUUAGUCGUUACUAGUUACUCAGUGUGUACAAAACAGUAUGAACUUCACAAAUGGCAAAACAGUUUUAUCUCCUCAGCUUUGUGUUUAUUUUAUACACUAGCUUAAGUUCUAUUUACUCAAAUAAGUUGCAAAAUAAUGACUCAAUGAUACUAAGACAAUUUCAAUUUCCGACUAAAAUCAACAAAGAUCUUUAUAGAAGCGGUUCAUGUGGUUUCGAUUGUAUAAUUCAUAUUAGUUCAUGGUCUGCCGCAAUGCAAAAGUGGGUUUGAAGGACCACAACAGAUUAUUGCAUAUAUAUAGUUGUUGACUAUAAAUCAAAUAUCUAUUUCAAAAACAUUACAUUUUCAGAACCUGCAAAUAUGUAUGCUGUAAAAUGUGCUAAAAAAAGUUUGUUUUAAGCAUUGUUUUUUUUUAUCAACUUAAAAUAAACUAUUGUCCAAAAAUCAAUAUAAACGUUUUUGCAU